AUGUUAAAUUGGGCUGUCGCCACAAGAACGGUUUCUUAUCCAAAUUGGUUUGGCUGUCGCCGAACUUCGGUUUUGUUUUCGCCGGAGUGCUUGUUGAGAGGGCUGAGGCUACUGGAGAUGGUUGGUGUUACCGAGGUUGAUAUUACGCUGACGCGACGAGGAGUCUUUGUUCUUAUGAAAGGAUGGUUGGAGAAAGGAAUGGAAGUAGAUGUCACCGUGAAAAGGCUUGGUUUUGUGGAUGAGAUUGCUGGAUCACGAGGCCUGGCGCCCCACGAUGGCUUACGGAAGGUACCAGCUGAACUGGACUGUUGUCGUAAAGCUUCUGUAAGCGGAAGGUCGCUGGCGAGGCUGUGA